AUGGAAGAGUAUCCUGAGAGCACGGAAGAGUAUCCUGAGAGCAUGGAAGAGUAUCCUGAGAGCACGGAAGAGUAUCCUGAGAGCAUGGAAGAGUACCCUGAGAGCACGGAAGAGUAUCCUGAGAGCACGGAAGAGUAUCCUGAGAGCACGGAAGAGUGUCCUGAGAGCACGGAAGAGUGUCCUGAGAGCACGGAAGAGUGUCCUGAGAGCAUGGAAGAGUGUCCUGAGAGCAUGGAAGAGUAUCCUGAGAGCAUGGAAGAGUAUCCUGAGAGCAUGGAAGAGUAUCCUGAGAGCACGGAAGAGUAUCCUGAGAGCAUGGAAGAGUAUCCUGAGAGCAUGGAAGAGUAUGCUGAGAGCAUGGAAGAGUACCCUGAGAGCAUGGAAGAGUAUCCUGAGAGCAUGGAAGAGUAUCCUGAGAGCACGGAAGAGUAUCCUGAGAGCACGGAAGAGUAUCCUGAGAGCACGGAAGAGUAUCCUGAGAGCAUGGAUGAGUAUCCUGAGAGCAUGGAUGAGUAUCCUGAGAGCAUGGAAGAGUAUCCUGAGAGCAUGGAAGAGUAUCCUGAGAGCACGGAAGAGUAUCCUGAGAGCACGGAAGAGUAUCCUGAGAGCAUGGAAGAGUAUCCUGAGAGCACGGAAGAGUAUCCUGAGAGCAUGGAAGAGUAUCCUGAGAGCAUGGAAGAGUAUCCUGAGAGCAUGGAAGAGUAUCCUGAGAGCACGGAAGAGUAUCCUGAGAGCAUGGAAGAGUAUCUUGAGAGCAUGGAAGAGUAUCCUGAGAGCAUGGAAGAAUAUCCUGAGAGCACGGAAGAGUAUCCUGAGAGCAUGGAAGAGUAUCCUGAGAGCACGGAAGAGUAUCCUGAGAGCAUGGAAGAGUAUCCUGAGAGCACGGAAGAGUAUCCUGAGAGCAUGGAAGAGUAUCCUGAGAGCAUGGAAGAGUAUCCUGAGAGCACGGAAGAGUAUCCUGAGAGCAUGGAAGAGUAUCCUGAGAGCAUGGAAGAGUAUCUUGAGAGCAUGGAAGAGUACCCUGAGAGCAUGGAAGAGUAUCCUGAGAGCAUGGAAGAGUAUCCUGAGAGCAUGGAAGAGAACCCUGAGAGCAUGGAAGAGUAUCCUGAGAGCAUGGAAGAGUAUCCUGAGAGCAUGGAAGAGAACCCUGAGAGCAUGGAAGAGUAUCCUGAGAGCAUGGAAGAGUAUCCUGAGAGCAUGGAAGAGUAUCCUGAGAGCAUGGAAGAGUACCCUGAGAACAUGGAAGAGUAUCCUGAGAGCACGGAAGAGUAUCCUGAGAAGGACGAGGAGGACGAUGAGGAGGAGGACGAUGAGGAGGAGGACGAUGAGGAGGAGGACGAUGAGGAGGAGGACGAUGAGGAGGAGGACGAUGCUGAAAAUUCACAAAAACAAAAGUUGAGUGCGUGA